AAGUUUUCUUAACUGUUUUGAGUACAGAGGGCUUGGUUUUCAUCAGCAGAGGCAGAGGGAAUUAUAGAUGUCCUGUGUACUAGGCAUAUUGCAAUGACUUGAUUUAACCUUUUCAUCCCUAUUAGUCACAAGAAGGGGUGGAAGAAGGUCCAGGAAUGCUGAGAGAAGCUGGAUUGCUUGAUAGGUUAAGAGUACAAGGAUGUGAUGUGAAAGACUAUGGAAAUCUGCAGUUUAGUGAUGUUCCAGAUGAUAGCCCAUUUAAUGGAACGAAGAAUCCCAGGUCAGUUGGGAAAGCAAACCAGAUGUUGGCCAGUGUUACUGCAGAUGUGAAGAGGAGUGGAAGAACCUCAGUAGUCCUUGGCGGAGAUCACAGCCUGGCCAUUGGAAGCAUCUCUGGACAUGCAGCAGUUCACCCGGAUCUCUGUUUAGUUUGGGUUGAUGCCCACACUGACAUCAACACGCCCUUAACAUCUCCCAGUGGCAACUUGCAUGGACAGCCCCUGGCUUUCCUCAUCAAGGAACUUCAGAAGGAGAUGCCUGAUGUCCCUGGGUUCUCUUGGGUGAAACCACGCCUGUCAGCUAAAGAUGUUGUAUAUAUUGGUGUAAGAGAUGUGGAUCCUGGAGAAGAACUCCUUGUGAAAUCUCUUGGGAUAAAAUGCUAUUCCAUGUCUGAAAUUGAUAAACUUGGAAUUGGGAAAGUGAUGGAAGAAACACUUGCAUACUUGCUGGCCAACAAGAAGAGACCAAUUCACUUAAGUUUUGAUAUUGAUGGUUUGGAUCCUUCUGUGGCACCAGCUACAGGAACCCCAGUUCCUGGAGGAAUGACUUACAGAGAAGGCAUCUAUGUUGCAGAAGAACUAUAUAAAACAGGGCUGCUCUCAGCAGUGGAUAUAAUGGAGGUCAACCCAGCUCAUGGCAAGACACCAGAAGAAGUGAGCAUCACUAUCAGUUCAGCUGUGGCAAUGAUCCUGUCCUGCUUUGGAGCAUCGCGUGGGAGGUCUAACCACUCAAGUUGCUGUGGUCCUUAAUUUCAGGCUUUGAAUAUAUGGAAACUGAGGCUCUAAGAGCCUUCAACAAGCACAGUUCCUAGAAGCUAAUUUUGAUGAUUAUAAGUAAAGUGCAUUAGGCCUGUUAUU